UUCAGCCCUGGCUGUUGAUUUUGGGCCAUAUUUUGCCGUUGAUUUUAGCCGAAUUUAACACGCUUAUAGCACAAUUUUCGUUAGUAAUAUGGCCAAAAUAUUAAAAGCGUCCACCGGCUUAACCGGUCUGGCCGUGGCCACCAAUCCACACCACACACUGAGCGCACUCUACGGCAAGAUUCUGCGCGCCGUUGCCAAAAUGCCGCAGGAGUCCAGCUAUCGCAAAUAUACCGAGCAGCUGGUCAAGGAGCGCGCCGAUGCCGUGGCUCAGAACAAGGAUAUUUGUGCACUGGAGCAGGCCGUUGGCUCCGGCCAAGUCGAGGAGCUGAUCGUGCAGGCCGAAAACGAAUUGACCCUGGCGCGCAAAAUGCUCGGCUGGAAGCCGUGGGAGAAACUGGUGCAGCCGGCACCAGCCAGGCAAUGGGAUUGGCCGCCAGCGCAAAUCCUUGAGCCCAAAGUCUAAUCAACUAGUUUGUUUUCCAUUCGUCUCACACGCUUGAAUUCUGUUCAAUAAAAACAAAAAGCCCAAACUAA